UCUCUUUUUUGAAUUAAAUCAUUUCAUUCACUGCUUCUCAGUCGUCCCAAGUGUGCGCGCCUCUCUCGACCACUUCACCUCCUCCAUCGCCCUUGAUUUCAACCCCAAUCCAUCUUUUUUUCCAUCCGCUCUCGCUUCUCUCUCUCCCCCUUUUUCUUUGUCUCGAAUUCGCACUCCUAUUGUCUCCUCCACGCGUACUCAAAUGAACAGCCACGCCAAUCUUCUUCAUCUUCACUGAGUCCUCAGCACGCGGAUUGUGGUGUAUCAAGAUUAAUGUAACAGAUCGGGAUUUUUUGGCUUUGAAUUCUGCUGCUUAGAAGAUUUCGUUUUUUGUUUUCUCGGUGGUGGGGAGUUUCUGGGUUUGGAGACAGCAAUGGUUGCGGAGCCCUGGAUUGUGAAGAUGGGCAGCCAGGUGAGCUCGAAUCUCAAGCACGCGCUACUCCUCGAACCAUCCAAGAAGAAGAGUUUAAAAAACAACCAAGUUCCAAAUCAAACAAUUGGCAUCCUUUCCUUCGAAGUCGCCACCGUGAUGUCAAAGACCGUUCACCUCCACAAAUCCCUUACAGAUUCCGAGAUCUCCAAGCUCAUGACCGAGAUCUUGAAAUCGGAGGGAGUGUUGAACCUGGUGUCCUCCGACGAGUCCUACCUUCUGGAACUCGCUCUGGGGGAGAAGCUCGACGACUUGAACAGCGUCGCCAGCGUGGUCUCUAGGCUGGGCAAGAAAUGCUCCGAGCCGGCCUUGCAAGGGUUCGAGCACGUGUACGGAGACGUUGUGAGUGGGGUUAUUGAGGUGAGGGAAUUGGGUUUUUUGGUGAGGGAUAUGGAAGGAAUGGUGAGGAAGAUGGAGAGGCUCGUGAAUGCGACUGCGAACCUGUACAGCGAAAUGGAGGUGUUGAAUGAGCUGGAGCAGGCGACAAAGAAGUUCCAGCACAAUCAGCACGAGGAGAGUAAGCGGACGUUCGAGCAGAAACUGAUGUGGCAGAGGCAGGACGUGAGGCAUCUCCAGGAGAUUUCGCUUUGGAACCUUACGUACGAUAAGGUUGUGGAGCUCUUAGCCAGGACAGCGUGCACAAUAUACUCUAGGAUUUGUACAGUGUUUGGAGACCCUGCAAUGAAAAAGAAGAACAAUCAAUGUGGGCCAUUCUCGGGACAGAUUGAUUUGCAUCGUCCUCUUCAUACGGGUCCGGGCUCGGAACCGUUGAAACGGGUUCUUAGCAGGAGUAAUGGGUGCCAUUCGGGCAAGAAAAGGGUGACGAGCUUUAAUCCUCAAAUUGAUUCGCGGAGGGGAGAGAUAUCGCUGUUCCGACCUGAAGAUCUUAAUUUCCCGUGUGGAACGAGCCCAGGGAGGCUUUUCAUGGAUUGUCUUAGCUUAAGCAGCUCGGUUUCCAAGUUUGAGGAUGAUGAAGAUGAUGCUGUUGAUCGCGAGGACCAAAGUAGCCAAGUUUCAGGAGUUUAUAGCACUGGUAAUCCUGCUUUGAAAAGAUCCGAGCACACGAAUCACUCUAAUCUUCUCAAUCGAUCCCGAAGUGUUGCAUACAAAUCCGGUGAGAUGCAAAGUGCUCGGUUCGGCGCCAAAAGCCGGUUGACGGUCUAUGCUCCUCCCAACACGGUGGGAGGCUCUGCUUUAGCCUUACAUUAUGCAAAUAUUAUAAUUGUCAUAGAAAAGUUACUUCGCUACCCCCAUCUCGUGGGUGAAGAAGCCAGGGACGAUUUGUAUCAGAUGUUGCCGACGAGCUUAAGAAUGUCUCUGAGGACUAAUCUCAAGUCAUACGAGAAUCUUGCAAUAUAUGAUGCUCCUCUUGCACAUGAUUGGAAGGACAACCUUGAUGGCAUUCUGAAGUGGCUUGCGCCACUUGCUCAUAACAUGAUCAGGUGGCAAAGCGAGCGUAAUUUCGAGCAACAUCAAAUCGUUACGCGGUCAAAUGUUCUGCUACUUCAGACACUCUAUUUCGCCGACAGGAAGGGCACGGAGGCAGCAAUAUGCAAGCUUCUAGUGGGGUUAAAUUACAUAUGUCGCUACGAGCAUCAGCAAAAUGCCUUACUGGACUGUGCCAGCAGUUUUGAUUUUGAGGACUGCAUGCAAUGGCAAUUGCAAUGUGGAGCUGCUUAUCUUCAUUGACCACAUAAUUGGAUUUUGAAUACAUGAAGUGGGUGAGCUUUCGCACAUUUGUCUUGGUUCCCGAUACUUGUAUGAACAGUGAACACACAGAUGAUAGUUCAACACGAUGUGAAUAUCUGAGCUUUCGCACAUUGAAGAAGUAUCAUGUUGCAAGGUACGUGAAUAUGAAUUUUCAAAUACAUAGUUCCAAUUAUUUAUGCAACAAAAAAAUGUAUCAUUUUCUUUCUAUGUCGAAGUUGUAUAUAUAUGUUCGAAGUUGUUUUUC